AUGAAGUCUGGUAAUUUUUACAACUAUGUUAUUAAUCUGAGAACAUACUCCUCCUACAAGAUAAAUGAUGAAGACAGACCUCGGAAAACGGGAUGUGCUUCAUUACCAGAUUUGAGUGGUCAUCCACUAGACGAUAAUCGGCAUCCCUGUAUUCAAAAUGGUUCCCCAUACCCAUUCAUGAUAUCUUAUCUAAGAUUGAUUUAUACGUGGGCUAAAAUGCAUAAAGGAAUUGCUGCUAAGUUUGCAGGCACAAUAGAAAGUUCCUAUGUAAUAACAUAUCUAGAAAGAACGUGUGAAAAUAGCCGAUUAGUGGGAGAUACACUGGAUAGAUGUUACUCCAGAUACGAACACAUUGUGUUGUAUUACCUUGUAAAACUCUAUCAACUUGUGGCAGAGCAAACUGAAAGUUGUCGUCGCUAUUCCAAGUUAUACCACAGUGUAGCAUUAUUGUUAUUUACUAGUUUGCAUUCCGGAGAUGAACACCUUGCCCAUGACUUGAUGUCAACGGUUUUAUUUCAUACGCACUAUCUUGUUGAGGGAAGAAUUGGUGACCCUGAAGCCAUUGAACUAGCUGAGUUGCUGAGAGUGUCCGAUACCAGUGAAAGAACGAACACAUGUGACACCAUGCGUAAAAGAGAACCAAAUCGAGGUGUGUUGCUGCGGGAUUCUUAUAACAGUCUACCCAGUAUCAGAGCUUGCUACAUGUCAAGUUUUGGUGGAAUGACACAAACCAUAGCUAAAUCAAGGAAUUUAUUCACGGUGAUACCACACGAGAUAGAAACAUUUAUACUGCCAGAAUUCUCCGGAUCAUUGGUGCCCUUGGACUGGAUGUACUUGCCGUUACUGCACUUCUACAACCAAGCCAGCAAAAAUGAGUUGCUAGGACAACCUGUUGAGAACCUACCAAGUCAGUUUGUGAAUGGUGUCACGAACACACUCCGAAUGAUAUACAUGUUAGAAACAUGGAGACCUGAGAGCGUUAAUCAUAUAUCCAUGUCAGCGAAGAUCACACGACUCAUGUGUGUUUUCUUAACGGGAAAUGAUUUAUUCUUAGAAGACACAGUACAUUGUUAUCUGCUGGCUUUAUUGAAGCUUUAUUUUCAGCCGUCUUAUUUGGACAGAUUAGAGCUGAAUUCACCCAUACCAGGGGUAGCAUCUUUCUAUGAUUUUUAUAUGGUAUUUGUGGUCCAGUAUGGGGGUGUGUCGUUUGGAGAUUCGUUGUUUGCAACAUUUAUGUUAUUACCACUACAACAACGCUACAAUAUCGAGUUUCGUAAAGCGAUUUGGGGAGAACACCAGCAUGUCAUCAGAGCAAUCACUCUAAAGAUUGACGAAUGUUUACUCCCAAUGCAUCGAUACCUAACACCACAGGAAUCUCACGUGGAGUUACUACAACUGUAUUUAUCAGCAUUAGUGUCCAAUGUUGUGAAAUCGACAUGGUCCCCUGUAUUGUACCUGAUAGCAGUUUGUCACGUCAAUGGAUUCCUCUUUAGUCGCCAUGACAACCAAGACCAGGAGAUGAUGAAGAGACAGUUCAUAAUGCUUAAGCAAGUGUUGCGAAUACAAAAUCAGGAACUCCUUCAACACCUGCUUUAUUAUAAAUCUUACAACAAAGACGCUUCACUUGGUUUUGAUUUGUAUACUGAACUACCACAAGAUAGACAACAGCUUUUGGAGACGCUGCAAUAUUAGAAACUUUUUGUUUGAUUAUAGAUAAUACUGGUCGUCAUUGUAUUAAGGUAGAAGCCUAGUCAUUGGUUCAUUAUCUACAAUCAUGUAGCUACUGUCCCAUUACACAACGAAAUAGCAUUAUUUUGUGUGUUAACAAUUCCACAGAACACAAUAUUGCAUUUUUGACACUUUUUAAAACCCAGAUUUUUAAAAUAAUUCAGGACAACAAUAUGAUUUUUUCAGCCUAUGUCACAGUCUAUGACAUAGUAUCUCUGCUUUGGGAACCUGUGAUGAAAGUGCAACUAUCCACUAAAAUACAACAACU